UCCAAUAAGUUUUACUUCUCUCAUUUUCUCGUUCCAGGGGAAUGAAUGAUGGGAUCCCCGUCGCCGUCGCCGUCGAGAUCAUUGUUCAUUUCUUCUCCGACUUCCGCCGCCGCCUCAGGCGGUGGUGGUGUCAAUUACAUACUACACACUGUAUCCAAAUACGACACCCUAGCCGGCGUCGCCAUCAAAUACGGUGUUGAGGUGGCAGACAUAAAGAGGUUAAACGGGUUAAUUAGCGAUAUCCAAAUGUUUGCUCUGAAGACACUUCAAAUACCGUUACCAGGGAGGCAUCCCCCUUCCCCCACCUUAUGCGAUGGUCAUGAAUACGAUACUACUCCUCAAUGGCCAAGCAAUUGCAAGCAUACCCCAUCCAACCGUAGGCAUUCUGAUUUGUUUGAUUCGUUUCAGUCUCUGAAAUUAAACUCUUGGUCAGAGCGGAAAGUAUCUCAAUCCAUGAGCAGCUUACAAGGUUAUUUUGGUCAAAGACAAGCGGCUGAAAAAGCUAAUGAUUCUGAUAUGGCAUUUUCCUCAUCUUCUAACCGUCUAUUAUCGAGUCAUCAUAGGAAAUCAAAAAGCGUAGCUACCGGUUUAAUGUUGGGAAACGGGGGUCUGUUAGAUCCGCUUUUAUCACAAGAAGCUGAAAAUAGCAGCUCUAAUAAAUGGAUUGAAAAGCUAUUAAGAAUGCGUCAAAAGUCGGAAGCUGAUUUUACAUCUCGUCCCACCGAAAAGAUUCUCAAGGAGGAAAACACAGUCAGCACUGCCAUGUCAGCAAUAACAGGAAAAGGGUUGGCUCUCAGGGCCAAGUCAGCCGCCAAAACUGUCGAUGCUGAGUCAGCUGAUUCUUUUCCUAGCGACACUGUCAAUGGAGUACACAAGUCAUCAAGUACCUCAAGUUUGCAAGAUUCCGAUAAUGCCACAGUGUCAUCUUUAUGGCCUAUAUUUGAUGGCUUACCAAAGCCUGCAAGCCGAAGAAAUAAAGCAGCAAUUGAUUAGUCGGAAUCAGAAAUCCUUUAUCUACGGUGAUUGGGCAGGCCUUCAUUAUAUAUAGUUUUGGUGAAAUCAUACUCUCUAAUUUGAUGUUAAAUGUCUACAAGUUCAUCUCAUGGGAGCAAAAAGCUUUCAAGUUUAUUGUGUUGUGCUCUCCAUGUGUGAUUCAUGGAACCUUGAUACCUUGUCCUUAUUGUAUAUUGGUUACUCACUUAUGUUUUUCUUCAUGAUGAAAGGAUGAUAAAAGGACUUCAGAAUACAUGUAUUUGUUGAGGCCUCGUUUGGUUACCUA